CCGCCGUCCCGGAGCGCGUGGGCGGGCGCGGGCGGGCGGGAGGAUGGAGCUGAAUUCCCUGCUGAUCCUGCUGGAGGCGGCCGAGUACCUGGAGCGCAGGGACCGAGAGGCCGAGCACGGCUACGCCUCGGUGCUGCCCUUCGACGGCGACUUCGCCAGGAAGAAAACAAAGGCGGCCGGCCUGCUGCGCAAGGCCCCGAACAACAGGUCUUCACACAAUGAACUAGAAAAGCACAGACGAGCCAAACUCAGGCUCUACCUGGAGCAGCUCAAGCAGCUGGUGCCCUUGGGCCCCGACAGCACCCGCCACACCACGCUGAGUCUCCUGAAGCGCGCCAAGAUGCACAUCAAGAAACUGGAGGAGCAGGACCGCCGGGCACUGAGCAUCAAGGAGCAGCUGCAGCGGGAGCACCGCUUCCUGAAGCGGCGGCUGGAGCAGCUGUCGCUGCAGAGCCUGGAGCGCGUGCGCACGGACAGCACAGGCUCUGCGGUUUCCACAGACGACUCGGAGCAAGAAGUGGACGUAGAGGGCAUGGAGUUUGGCCCUGGCGAGCUGGACAGUGUUGGCAGCAGCAGUGACGUGGACGACCAGUACAGUCUGCAGAGUGGCGGCUGCAGCGAUGGCAGCUAUGGGCCCCUCUGCCGGCGGCCUGGGCGCCCCAGCCUCUCGUAGGUCCGGUGCUCUCUGCUUCUUGGCCCGCCUGCCUACCCGCCCAGCCAAGUGUGUCAGCCCUCCAGUCCUUGCAAGCCUCUGCACAGGCCCACUGCUGUGCCAUUCUGGAAGCUCCAGCUGCCACCUGGGCUGCCCGCCUCCACCUGCCUGCCGGUCAGGGCCCUCCAUGCCGCCCGCCCCUCACAGCUGGACAGGGACCCCUGCAGGGAGGCGGGGCCCAGCUCUCACGUCCCGGAGCCCAGCGUAGCCGCCCACGGUCUGUUCUCAGAUUCCUAAUCAUUCCAGAAGUAUUAAAUAUCAUUGCUGCAAACCUCGGCGGGCGCCGUGUGAGGGGCUUAAUGACCACUGCAGGGAGCUCAGACCCCAACCCUGGAUUCCGGGACCGAGGAAGGAAGGAAGGCGUGGCUCUCCGUCCAUCCGUCUGUCCAUCUAUCUGUCGGUCCACGUAGGCUCCUGAGGCAUGGACAGAGGGAUCUAUGAAGGGCGGGACUCGGGUGAGCACCCUGGGACAGGUGGGUGGAGAGGGGCCUUUGUACCCCACUGGUUUCAGGAGCCAAGGCUGGGCCCCGGGGGGCAGGCCUGGCCACCCCACUCUGAGCUGGGCGGCUUCUGCUCUGUUAGGUCCCUCAGAUGUACACACGCAUGCGCCUAGGCACACACGCCCAUCUGCACACACGCCUGUCUGCACACACGCUCGCCUGCACACACAUGCACACAGACACACAUGGUCACCAGACCCAGAGAUCCCAGGAUCCCCCAGAGGGCACAUGUCCUGGGGAGAUUGGCCAUCAUGGGUCACCUGGGCCAAUGCUGGCCCCUGGCCUGUGCCUGGCUCCUCCCUCAGCUUACCUGCCCAGUCUGCACAGGGCAGGGGGCUUCUCCUCCCAGCAGGGCUGAGGUGUGCUGGGGGCCAGCCAGUUGAAGCCACUGGGUCCUCAGGGGGCUUUCUUAUCUCUCUUUUUUAAAAAAGCAAAAAAAAUUGCUGCACUGCCUAGCAGCCCAAAACAGGGCUCCCGGGAGAGAGGCUUUUCCCAAAAAACAAAAGAGAAGCAUCUUUAAAAAGAGAAAAAAGUCUCUCAAGACUCCCGGCUAAGUGACAUCAGCAUGUGCCACCUCUAUUUCCUGUAGGAGAUUUUUGUACUCUAUUUUCCUAGCCAUUGUUGCGUCCUUGUUUGCUGAGGGGUGGGAGCAACCCAGCGUCUCAGGGACUCAUCUGUCUGUCACCGUCGUCCAAGUGUGCCUUGUGUCCCUUGUCUGGCCCCACCCCGACCACCACCACCAGCAUCUCCCUUGUGGCUCACGGGACGCCCCUGGCCUGCCCAGCAGGUGCCCUCCUCGCCCCUUCUCCAUGGGGCAGCCCCUCAGCAGCCACAGCUCCCAGGGAGUGAGAGACUGCCAGGCCAGGUCAGGGGCUGUGCGGGCAGCGCGGCUGCUUUCUGGUCACCUGGCAAGAGGGGCCGCGAUCUGGCCCCCCAGUGUUGUUCUCCCUAGUGACUGGCAGGGACCCUGUUCAGCCUGGCCUUCUAGUCGGUGGCCUGCUAACCAGGGAAAUAGGUUCUCCCCUGUACCCAGCUUGAACCCUCCCCACCCCCAAGCCUGGGGUGAGGGCUCUGGAUUUCAGACAGUGGCAGCUCAUGAAGACAGCUGUUCACCCUGGGUGGUCAGGCCUGAGCACUAGGAGGCUUCUUUUGGCCUUUCGUCCCCAAAGUCCUUGUCCCUGGGGACCACACAGCAAUAUCUGGGCAGCGGGCUGUGGGGCCGACCCACAGCAUUGACUGCUUCCCUCUCCGGUGCAUUGUAACCAAUUUCUAGAUCGUGGGCAAAAAUUUGUGUUUAUCUUUGGUCACGCCAACAGACACCCCAGGGUGGGUGGCCUACUGAGGCAGAAAGGGGUCCCUGGAAAAGCUCUGGCACAGAACCUGCCCUACGGGGCUCAGGAUGGUAGAUGAAGAGCAGGGUUGUGGGGAGACAGUGCAUGGAGUUGGGGAGACUGUCCAAACGGCUUGCUGGUGGUUGCAAGGAAAACUGUUCUGUUGGCAUCUCAUUCCAGCUCCACUGGGGUCUGGAGUGCCCAGCAGGGGCUUCUUCUGUCAGCCUGAGCAUGUCCACUCAGCGUUCCUUGCCAGCACCCCCAUACCAGCUGAGCAGGGCAGGAAGGCCUGCGUUUAAGAGCCUGCUUCAGAAGACAGUGCUAGGCCCCUGGGAUGGCCUGUGUGCUGAAUUCUUAAAGCAUCAACUCCCCGCCUCACCCCCCAACACCUGGAGGAGUUUCUACUCCCACCUCUGGCCAGUAGAAUCCUACCCAGGUGAUCAGCUGUGGCCCUUGGCCAACCUUCCUGGCAGCUCAGCCUGUAGCUUUUCAGGCCGUGGUUCCCGGGUGGGCCAGGGAGUUGGCCUCCCUGGCCACCCAGACUUGCUACGGUCCCAGCUGCCCCUCCUUGCCACCAGCAAGACAUGCGAGGGGUGGUCCUUGGGGGCCGGGUUUUGGUGCUAGGACUUCACAUCCAUCCCCCCUCCCUCUGGCUCCCUGCCAUUUACACAGGUUGGCCAUUGCUGGUAGCCACAGGGACCCGGAUGGGGCCCUGCUGAGGCCACGUUGGAUUGUUAAGAGCAUACCUGAGCGUUAUUGGGUCUGUAGAAAGCAAAUGGGACCAGGACAGGGCCACUGCGGUGCCUGUACCCUCUCUGUGUGCCCUCCCACACCCAUGUGGGCCACUGUGGCACUCGGUGGCAGAGAUCCUGGAACCCCAGGCUCAGGUUUGGGUCACCACCCUGACUAGGAGGCAGCUCCCCACACGCCAGGCCACCACCACCCCGGUGCAGGCACAGCUGGCUAGGGAGGUUGCAGGACGGCUUCCCCUCCUUGGAGCCUUGGGCCCACCUCUGCAGAUGGGGUCUUGGAGGCAUGGUGCCCAAGCCUGCCUUCCUAGAUGGAUGCCCAGCCACGGCCCUCCUGUCUGCCCCAGACAAUCCCCAUCUGUCUGGUGGGGCAGGCUUCCCCCACUCCCUCAUCCCUGCCCUUCUCUAGGCCAGCUAACCUGGGGCCCCCUCCCCACUGCCCUGCACACAGGACUCUGACCCCUGGCCACAUCUAGGGCAGUAGGGCAGGUUCCGUGCCAGAGCCUGGGGCUGCCCAGAGGGCCUGGUGCUGGCCAGGUAGGCGCAUUACAAGAUCCUCGCUGGAGAGAGAUGGGCCACCCACCCGCCUGUUCACUGGGAGGGACUGUGCUGUACCAUUCUGUCUUUGUAAUAUAAAUACAGAUUUUUAUACCUCA